UAUCCAUUGCAUUCUCCAAGAGGCGUCCGGCAGCAUGAGGGCGACCAGUCUACUGCGGUUGCUCUUGAUCUGCUUCUACCUCCUUUCGAUCCACACCUUCGCCGCCGCCGGUGUUGGUGACAAGCUCGAGAAGGGCCAGAACCUCACCGACGGCGACACGCUCGUCUCAGCAGGGGGCUCCUUCACCCUCGGGUUCUUCUCUCCCGAGGCGUCCACCAAGAGGUACCUCGGCAUAUGGUUCUCCGUGUCCAACGGCACGGCCGUCUGCUGGGUUGCCAACCGCGACCAACCUCUGGUCGACAAGUCCGGCAUGCUGGUGCUCAACGACCUCGGCAGCCUCGUUCUGUUAGAUGGCUCCCGCCGGACGGUCUGGUCUUCAGACUUCUCCGGCGGCGCUUCUGCGGUGGUGGCGCAGCUUCUCGUGUCCGGCAACCUGGUCGUACACAAUGGCAGCAGCGACGCCUCCCUGUGGCAGUCGUUCGACCAUCCGUCGGACACCUUGCUACCUGACAUGAAGCUGGGCAAGAACCGCUGGACCGGAGCCGAGUGGCAGCUCACGUCGUGGCGCUCGGCCGACGACCCGGCUCCGGGGGACUACCGCCGCACGCUGGAAACCGAGGGGUUACCGGAGCUCGUCGUCUGGCGAGGCAACGUCAAGACGUACCGCACGGGCCCGUGGAACGGGCUCUACUUCAACGGCGUCCCGGAGGUGUCGGCGUACGCGGGCAAGUACCCUCUGCGGGCGACGACGAGCCCGUGGGAGACCACCUACGGGUACACCGCCGCGCCCGGCGCGCCGCUGACCCGCGUCGUGGUGAACCACACCGGCAAGGCGGAGCGGUGGGAGUGGGACGCGAGCAGCUGGGCGUGGACUCGCAUAUUCCAGGGGCCGAGGGACCCGUGCGACGAGUAUGGGAGAUGCGGGCCGUUCGGCCUCUGCGACCCCGAGGCGGCAUCGUCGGGGUUCUGCGGCUGCGUCGAGGGCUUCAGCUUCAGCAGCCCUCCCGCCACGACCCCGCCGGCGCAGGAGGUGAAGGGUACCACCUGCAGAAGACACGCAGCGCUGGACUGUGCCGGCGGCACUACGACGGACGGCUUCGCGGUGGUGCGGGGGGUGAAGCUUCCUGACACGCAGAACGCGUCGGUGGACAUGGGCGUCACGCUGGAGGAGUGCAGGGCGAGGUGCUUCGCCAACUGCUCGUGCUUGGCCUAUGCCGCCGCCGACAUCAGAGGAGGCGGCGAUGGUUCCGGCUGCGUCAUGUGGACGGAUGCCAUCGUUGAUCUUCGUCUCGUUGACAUGGGGCAGAAUCUCUACCUGAGGUUGUCAAAAUCAGAACUUGAUGACCAUAAAAAGUUUCCUGUUCUACUCGUUGCCAUACCUUUAGCUUCCAUUGUUAUUAUUCUACUGGUCGUCUUUGCGAUUUGGUGGAGAAGGAAGCACACAAUCAUAGGUGCUAUUCCUCAGAGCCAUGCCAUGGCCGUUCCCUUAGUUAGUCUAGCUAUUAUAAAGGAUGUCACUGGAAAUUUCUCAGAAAGCAAUAUGAUCGGCCAGGGUGGAUUUAGCAUCGUUUACAAGGGGCAGCUGCCUGAAGGAAGAACAAUUGCUGUCAAGAGGCUUAAGCAGUCGGUGCUCACCACAAAAGGCAAGAAAGAUUUUGCAAGAGAAGUGGAGGUGAUGGCUGGGCUCCGGCACGGUAGUCUUGUCCGUCUCCUUGCCUACUGCAACGAAGGCAAGGAGCGGAUACUCAUCUACGAAUACAUGCAGAACAAGAGCCUCAACGUCCACAUUUUCGGCAAUGUUAACCUUCGCGCCUCACUGAACUGGGCAAGGAGACUGGAAUUAAUCCAAGGGAUUGCGCAUGGCAUUGCAUACCUACACGGAGGAUCCGGUGACAAUGUUAUCCAUAGGGAUCUCAAGCCAGGCAACAUUCUGCUAGAUGAUGAAUGGAAGCCUAAAAUCGCAGACUUUGGAACUGCCAAGUUGUUCGCUGUGGAUCAGAUCGGGCCUGAUCAAACAAUUGUAGUUUCACCGGGGUAUGCAGCACCGGAGUAUGCGCGGCAAGGGAACAUGACACUUAAGUGUGACGUCUAUAGUUUCGGAGUUAUUCUCUUGGAGACACUCAGUGGGCGAAGGAACGGUGGCAUGCAAGGCCUCCUUUCGCAUGCCUGGGGAUUGUGGGAGAUGAACAUGAUCGCAGAACUUCUGGACACAACAAUGGUGCCACUCUCCGAGUCUGAGCCCGAGCUCUUGUCCAAGCUGACACGAUGCAUCCAGAUUGGGCUCCUCUGCGUCCAGGAAACUCCCUGUGACAGGCCGACCAUGUCCUCCGUUGUUUCCAUGUUGACGAGCAUGACAUCGCAAAUCGAUCGGCCAAGAAGAAGGCCACCAUUGGAUUGCGAAGGAUUUGUGGCUUCAGAUUCAUCACAUGGGCUCGAGACCGAACUCUUGAUCCCAACUACGAUUGAUUUGACGUAGGACCGGGUCGGACCAGCUGUUGCCUCCUUGUUAGCAACCGAUUUAACUAAAAUUCUAGGUCUUUGUUCCGUGGUCUUUUUGGGUACGCGUGGUACAUAAUAAGUUCUUAAGCUCUCUAU